GUCGCAGCGGCACAGAAUGAGGAAGCGACGAAUUGUCCCAAGUUCCCCUUUUGGAGGGUGUCCGGAACCAAACCGGCACGAGAGAUCCCGAAACUGGGAAAAAUGAAGACCCACAGGCCUUGCGACCCCUAGCCGGUGCUUGCCUUUACGUACUUCGGCUGCCCACGAGGGCUUUGAGGGGUAGGUCAUUUCAGCAAGGAGAUCGUUUGCCUUUCCGUGGCAACUUGGCUCUAGGACUUGUGCCCCAAACGAAUUGCCACAUCACGCGGCAAGUGUUUCCGGCACUUUCCCAGCCUUCAAGCCAUGCGCGAGGCGAUUUGCAUUCACAUCGGCCAGGGCGGCGUGCAAAUUGGCAACGCCUGCUGGGAGCUGUUCUGCUUGGAACAUGGCAUCCAGCCUGAUGGUCAGAUGCCCUCGGACAAGACGAUUGGUGGGGGCGAUGACGCAUUCAACACUUUCUUCAGUGAGACUGGAGCCGGCAAGCACGUGCCUCGUUGUGUGAUGGUCGACUUAGAGCCGACUGUCGUUGAUGAAGUCCGCACGGGCACCUACCGUCAGCUCUUCCACCCGGAGCAGCUCAUCUCUGGCAAGGAAGACGCAGCGAACAAUUUCGCACGCGGGCACUACACCAUCGGCAAGGAGAUUGUGGAUUUGGUCUUGGACAGAAUCCGCAAAUUGGCUGAUAACUGCACCGGCUUGCAGGGUUUCUGCGUGUACAAUGCGGUUGGUGGCGGCACGGGAUCCGGCUUGGGCUGCCUGAUGUUGGAGCGCUUGUCCGUGGACUAUGGUAAAAAGAGCAAGAUCUCCUUCACAGUUUGGUCGUGUCCACAGGUGGCAACAGCAGUGGUAGAGCCAUACAACACUGUCCUUUGCGUGCACUCUUUGCUCGAGCACACAGAUGUGACCAUCAUGUACGACAACGAGGCGCUGUACGACAUUUGCCGCAGGAACUUGGACAUUGAGCGCCCGACUUACACGAACCUCAACAGGUUGAUCGCUCAGAUCAUCAGCUCCUUGACGGCAAGCCUGCGGUUCGAUGGGGCUUUGAACGUGGACAUCACUGAAUUCCAGACAAAUCUUGUCCCGUACCCACGCAUCCACUUCAUGCUCACCUCCUUUGCGCCCGUGAUCUCCGCAGAGAAGGCAUACCAUGAGCAGCUCUCUGUGGCGGAGAUUACCAUGUCCGUGUUUGAGCCUGCCUCGAUGAUGGUCAAGUGCGAUCCUCGCCAUGGCAAGUACAUGGCUUGCUGCAUGAUGUACCGCGGGGAUGUGGUACCAAAGGACGUGAACGCGGCGGUUGCCACCAUCAAGACCAAGCGCACCAUCCAGUUUGUGGACUGGUGCCCCACCGGCUUCAAGUGCGGCAUCAACUACCAACCUCCUACAGUGGUGCCUGGUGGUGAUUUGGCCAAGGUCAUGCGUGCGUGCUGUAUGAUUUCCAACAGCACGGCCAUCGCGGAAGUCUUCUCCCGCAUUGACCACAAGUUCGACCUGAUGUACAGCAAGCGUGCUUUCGUCCACCACUACGUGGGGGAGGGCAUGGAGGAGGGUGAGUUCUCCGAGGCACGCGAAGACUUGGCGGCUUUGGAGAAAGACUACGAGGAGGUGGGCAUCGAGACAGCAGAAGGGGAGGGCGAAGAGGAAGGCUACGGCGAUGAGUUCUAGGGCGACACUGAGAGUCCUGCCUCGCUC